AUGGUUAUCUGCGGUUGUGAUAAUUUGAGAUCUUUGCCUCGUGAAUUAAACAAGCUCAGAUAUCUUAGCCUUUCUCGGUGUGAAAAACUCCAUGCCUUACCUAAAUGCAUCCACAACAUCGUCUCUAUGCGAGAAUUGCUCAUAUUUGAUUGUCCAAGUGUGAUAUCAUUUCCGGAAGAGGGGUUCCCUCCCAAUCUCACUUCACUUACAAUCUUGCAACCCAAUAUUUGCAAGUCAGUGAUCGAGUGGGGUUUGCACAAACUCACCUCCCUUAAACAUUUGUCCAUCAACGGUGCUUCUCUAGAUGUGGUGUCUUUCCCAUGUGAGGAAAUGCUUCUGCCCCGCACUCUCACCUCCCUCACAAUCUUCGGUUUUCCAAACCUGGAAACUCUAUCCUCCAAAGGCUUUCAAAAUCUCAAAUUUCUUGAAUCAUUGGAAAUCCGAAGCUGCCCCGUGAUCAAAUUCCUUCCGGAAAAGGAGAUGUUUGACUCACUUUUGCAACUAGAUAUUGUUGACUGUCCACUGCUAAGAGAACGAUGCAAGGAGGAUGAAGGACAAGAGUGGCCCAAAAUAGCCCACAUUCCUUGCAUUCUAAUUGCUAAUUUGUUACCGGAAGAAACGCCCAGAAAUCAGAUGGUUCUCUCCAGUGACUCGCAGAGACUAGUGAGUAGUGCCUUCUUAGGAGCACACAAAGUGGUUUUGCAAAAGCGGGAUGGAAAGACCUGA